AUAACCUAAACAGUUGUGGUUAUUAAUCAAAGCGUUACACGAAGACAAUGAAAUAGUUGGGUUUAAGUGGAAUCUCACCCUCACAGAACCGAGGGCUUGGACCUUGAAGCACAGGUCACGUAGUUUAAUUAAUCGAUUGAAACAUGGCGGGGGUGCAGUAGUGAUAAAGAAACAAUGAAUGGAUCUAAGAUACAGUUGUCAAGCUUGACACCAUGUCAUCUGUUGUGUUAUUAGUAUUGGCGUUACUAGGAGGUGUUUUACCAAAUAUUAGACCUGUAUGUGUUGUUAAUAGAAGUACAAAGACCUUUGAUUGUGGAUUAUAUAUCAGUAAUUGUACGCUGUCCUCCGAUACAAAUGGCAGUAUAACUUUAGACGGUCAGAAUAUCAAAAUUUGUAACAUCAAUUCACAAAUACAAAAUGGUUACCUGAACAUGAUAUGUCCUUUUGAUCUGGAAAACAAUAUAUUGAAUCACACUAUUAAUUUUACUUCGGGUAACUGCUGGCCUACAGAAAGUUUUCAAGUUCGGGCUUUCAAAUCUGUUAAACCAAACCCUAUUGUUGGUGUUAAGUUGUCUUCCGAAUCAAGGAAGAUAAUUCGUAUACAGGGGUCCAUGAUAGACAACUUAAUACCGUCUAUGUUGAGCAGAGAAGUUUAUAUAGUCGUAGAACAGCUCAUAACAGAUGAAGAUUUGAAAACCCCUGAACCUGUAAGGAACAAGACUAAAAGAACACAGACUUCUCAACUAGAUAUUUCAGUUCGCAAACUCCAUGCUUACAUCAACUAUAGCGUAACAAUAAUAUGGCGUGUCAAGGGUGGUAUGUUUUGGAGUGACCCAGUUGUUCAUAAAAUCAGAACUAAACCAUAUCGGCCAACUGCUGCCCCAGAACUCUUAAAGGGGGUAUAUUCUUACAAUUUACAGGACAAUGGAAUAGUAUUUUAUUGGCAGAAAAUACCAAAACUAAGAGAAAAUGGGCCUGGUUUAGAAUACAUCAUCUACAGAAUUCGCACAGAUAACAAUCAACUAAUUAAAGUUAUAUUAGAAAAUAUCUCAUUUAAAAAACUGAGUAGAUUAAAUAUUUCCUUGGAAGAAACAAACAAAGACAAUGAAACCACUUCUUUACUGAUUUACCAGACCACAUUUGGAAGUUCUAAGGUAUCAGGAAUUCUUAGAAACUUUCUGGAAGGUGACAUAGUUAUGAUCCUUGCCAACAACACAGUUGGGUUAUCAAAUUUCUACUCAGCACAAAGGAUUCUUUCAACUGCGAAAGUAUUAAGUCAACCACUGGCACUUACAGUUGAACUUUUAAAUGGUACUCAUAGCAAUUUAACCUGGAAAUUACCACACUUAUCCAUAGACCAUCUUCAUUUCUACUGGUGUUAUGGCAUUUGGUGGAAAAUAGAAGGUUGGGUAGAGUGUAAGGAACGAAUCUCAAGUAAGACGGUCACCAUAAAAUCAGGCAAAUCACAAACGUCAUUGUUUUCAUCAAUAUCAUCAUCAUCAUCAUCAUCAUACAACAGUCAUAUAAUAGAUAUUACACAGGAAGAAAGUAUCACAUGUGAAGGUUGUUUUCUACAUUUUGGAAUGUCCGCAGAAAGCCAGAAUAUAUCCAGUCCCAUUUUAUGGAAUACAUCAUUAAGUGUUCUUCAUCCCUCGGAAGAUUAUACAGGACAAACAAAGAGUGGAAUAUUAGGUACUCUAGAAACAUCUCUUGUUGUUACUGGUUGUGUUGUGGCAGUUAUCAUCAUCGUUAUAAUUGUUACCAGAGGUAAAAUAUACAUUACAAAGUCUUAUGACAUAAUGACACCCAAAGAUCUACAAAAUCCCCUAUGCUCAAACAUUGAUGACUCAGUAGAAAGUAGAACUUUUCAAGAUUCCGAGGAAAGUUAUCCCGACAGUGGCCAAGGCGAUUCAGUAUCGGAAAACGACUCUCCUAUUCCUGGAUAUUCAAAAUUUUCUUUACAAAACUCGACACAUGAUAAAAUUCCCGAUAAUAUUACCAAACAGAAAUGUGAUAAAAAUUGUGAAGGUCCUGGUUCUUCAGUUCAAACUGAAUCAUCUGGGAUGUCCAGUCAGAACGACAAACGAUUAUUAGAUGACAGUUGUGGUGAAUAUUCUAAAGCGGCUGUACAAGGACAAUCCAGUGAUAUAGAAAUGACAGAAAUAUCGUUAAAUGAGCAGGAAAUGCCCCAAAAGUCAGGCGAAAAGACAAUUAGAUUACCCUUUGUUCAUUAUAAUGGAAAUAUUUCUGCUCCCCAGAGUGAUGACGAUGACAGCGUUCCUCACAUUGAAGUUAAUACCUCUUAUGAGGAUCAAUAUAAGACCAUUAGUAUCUAUUGAAUGAAAAUAUAUAUUUAGUGUAUCUUUUUUGUCCAUUAUAAUGGAAAUACUGCUGCUAGUAUUGCAAUGUCAGUUUUUCUUCACAUUAAAAUUAAUAUAACAGUUUGGAGUGAUUACGUCACAUUAUAACUAAACACACAUCGAAUCAAUCCAACCAGUUUUCGGAUAUCUUGAUCUGGAACUUUUCUUCAAAAUUUUCAGUAAUGUAAAAGUAUCAAUCCUGUUAAGCCUGGUAUUGAGGCCUGGCUCGGUACCAAGUUUGGCCUGUUACCAUAUUUUUUAUACGCCCACUUUUUCAUGUGGACGUAUAUUGUCGUUGUCUCUGUCCGUCCAUUCACACUUUGUUUGUGGGCACUCUAAGGUCACUAUUCUUAUCUGAUUUUGACGGAACUGGGAAUAUAGGUUUAUAUCCGUAACUUCAUGCAUUAUGACCCCUGGUUGUACGAAAAAUCACGUUGUUAGCUUGUGGACCCUCUGGAGGUCACAAUUUUGAUACGAAUUUGAUAAAAUUUUGACGUAUGUUUAUAAUCCAAAGAUCUUUGUUCCUUUUGAUAUUAACGUCGGAGCAUAACAUCCUGAAUUAUGGCCUCUUAUUGUACAAAAAUCUCCUUUUUAGCUUGUUCUCUGUCCAACGCUUUCAAAAUAUGGGCGUAUCUUGCAUAGCAAAUGCUUGUUUCAAUUUAAAAUUUACACAACCAAUAUUUUUAAAUUUUAGCUCAGGUUGCCGAUUGCUAUUUCUUCCAAUUGAUAUAAACAUACACUUUUGGCUAAUAAUUUGCCAAUAAUUUAUUCUGGUUUCUAUUGUCUAUUAUCAGUGGUGCAGGACAGAGGGCCUGGCAAGGUACAUCAUAUAGUCGUUCGGAUGGGUUGGAAAGCUGAUGGCCUCUACUACAUGAAGAUCUGACCGGUUGUAGUGGGAGGUCUGACAGAGGUCAAACGAUGGCUUUUGACAAUAUGACGUCAGACAUUUGAUUACCCACAGUUCCAUGUACUUCACGCCAAAAGCAAGCCGUAAAAGACCGUUUCAUUGGCUAAUCCCUCAUAUCAUCCAGAAAGUGGAUUAUAUAACAACUCUUCCAGAUCCUAGUGUAGUAAAGACAAGUACACGUAAAACAUGUAAAUUUUAAAUUAAAAAAAACGAAACGAAAUAGGAUCUGUGUUCUAAUCAGAUUGCACAAUGGCAUGCACACACAAUAUCCCUUGGCAGCUGGAAUUCGACAUGUAAGUAGGCUGUAGCGCUGCUGUCCGUGCAAAAUGUCCCUCAUAGCACACGUAUGCCCGUCUUCAUUAGCUCAGUCGGAGCAGAAUAGCGUAGGACAUUAAACCCCAUAAUUUCAAUAGCGUAGUUAUAAAGCUGAUUAAGAAACAAAGUGGUUUUUAGAUGGUUUCUGUGUACAAAAUUCAGCGGUUGCCAGGCAAGAUACGUCCACAUUUUGCAAGAGAUUGAUAGAGAACAAGCUAACAAAAAAGAAGCGAUUUUUCGCACAAUCAGGCGCCAUAAUCCUGGAAGUUAUGGUCUGAAAUGUGCGAAUAUCUAAAUGGACUGACAUAAUAUUUGGGAUAUAAAGAUAUAUUUUAAGUUUCAUCCGCAACCUUAGUAUUACAUACUUUUAUACUAUUUGCAUACAAGGAGCAUGCAGUUUGUCCGGUAGUUUCAAACUCAACCAUCAUUAGGGUGUAUCGGUGAUAUAUUUAAAUGCUCAUUAAAAUCGGAUAAAAAAUUGUGACCUCUUGAGGGUCCACAAGCUAAAACGUGAUUUUUCGUACAAUCAGGGACCAUAAUCCAGGAAGUUACGAUCCGAUAUGCGCAAAUAUCAAAAGGUACCAAGAUCUUUGGAUUAUAAUCAUACAUGUCAAGUUUCAUCAAAAUCAGAUAAAAAUUGUGACUUCUAGAGUGCCACAAGCUUGGUAUUACAUACUUUUACACUAUUUUCGUACAAGGAGUGGCCAUUUUCUCCGGCAGUUUGAGUCAGAUUUUUACGAAAUUAAACUCAACCUUCAUUGAUGUGUAAAGGUGAUAUUUUUAAACAUUUUUUUUUCAAAAAUUGAAUACAAAUUGUGACUUCUAGUAGGUCCACGACCACAAGCUAUAAAUAGGAUUUUUCACAGGAAGUUAAAUUUGGAUAUGCACGGUUAUCAAAAGGAACCAAAAUCUUUGUGAUAUAAAUAUAAAUUUAAAUUUUCAUCAAAAUCGGAUCAAAAUUGUGACCUCUAGACGGUCCACAACCUUGAUAUACCAUAUAUUUACAUUAUUUGCGUACGAGGGGCGGCCAUUUUGUCUGGCAGUUUGGUCUGAUUUUCACGAAAUUCGAACUCAACCUUCAUUAGGGCGUAACGCUGAUAAAUUCAAACGUUUUUUUUUAAAUCAGAUAAAAAUUGUGACCUCUAGAGGGACCACAGGCUAAAAACACAUUUUUUCGUACAAUCAAGAGCCAUAAUUCAGGAAGUUACGAUAUGAUAUGCGCAAAUAUCGACAGGAACCAAGAUCUUUGGGUUAUAAACAUGUAUUUCAAGUUGCAUCAAGAUCGGAUAAAAAUUGUGGCCUCUAGAGUGUCCACAACCUUGAUAUACCAUAUAUUUACUCUAUAUUCGAACGGGUUUUUUUAUCGGAUAAUAAUUGUGACCGCUAGAGGGACCACAAGCUAAAAACGUGAUUUUUCGUACAAUCAGGGGCCAUAAUCCAGGAAGUUAUGAUUCGAUAUGCGCAAAUAUCGAAAGGAACCGAGAUCUGUUAGUGAUAAAGCUAUAUUACAAGUUUCGUCAAAAUCGGAUAAGAAUUGUGACCUGUAGAGGGUCCACAAACAAAUUGUGAACGGACGGGCGGACAGUGGAGACGAUAAUAUACAUUCACAUGAAAAUGUGUCAAUGUGGGCGUAUAAAAAUGGUAGACAGUGAACAAUACUUGUUUGCAAUUUGAUCUUUUUCUUGCCGGUACCGUUAAAAAUUAAAGACAGGUUUAUCAUUACUGUUUAUGAAUUUGUAUAUAUUAUUUGAUUGGCGUAAGUCUGUCAUUUUCAGCUGAUAUGCCAAGGUCUACACAGGACCUUGGUUUAUUUUCCCAUCCAAACGACUAGACACUGUUCGAUGUGUCAGGGCCUCUGUCCUGCACCGCUGUCCUGAAAACUUUCUGAACCAACACCGGGAUUGGACCUUGGACCUCCUGGUUACAUAGAACAUAUCAUGCCAUACAAUGAUGUGCCAUUAACGCCCGAUAACAGAAGAAUGUUUUUUGUAUUAUGUCACCCAAAACCAUUGGUCUUGCCCUUUUUUUUAUAAUUUUGUAAUUUUAUUAUCACCAACUUUGAUAUAAUAUUUAAACAUGUUUAAUGACAAAUUGUAUAGUUCAUUCUUUUUGAGAGAGAGAGAGAGAGAGAGAGAGAGAGAGAGGUCACGGGAUCGGAUGGGCCAAAAGCCUGAGGUCCCAUGUAAGUAAAUAACCUGUGAAUGUGGCAUUUCGAAAUAAGAGUAAGCUGUAAUGCCGCUGUCCGGGCAAGAUUGCCGCGUAAAACACUACACAGCAUGCCCGUCUUAAAUAUCCCAGGCAGUUUUAAGAAAAAAAUAAUGAUUUUAUUUGAAUCCCGAAUAACAAAACACAUUCUGUUUCGAAACAAGAUUUAACUUCACGCUGUCGCUAGUUCCAUCACCAGAUAAACUGCCUGUCCACCCACCUAUAUACAUUGUGACAACGAUGGGAUUCCAUACAUAACCAGGCUUUAAACACUUUACCAGUGGUUCUCAACCACUGUGCCGCGAGAUCUGCACGACACACUAAGAAAAUGCGAAAACCACGUGAUCCUAAUUGAGUAUUCGCUGGAGUUCAUGGCUGUGUUGUUUUGUUUUUUUUAUUUAGUUCGAGUCAUUCUGUGAGUCUGACUAGUUUGUGUCGACGAUUGUAUGCCGUCUGACUUAUCAUUUUAUUUUGCAAAAUUCAAUUUUUUUUCACAUAUAUUUAGCCAGGGGUGCCGCUAUUUUUUCAUGUGUCUCAAAGUGUGCCUUUGCCAAAAAAGGUUGAGAACCGCUGACUAAAGGGCAAGGUAAAGUGACACCAUAGUAAUAACACAUUUCGCUGUUGUAUAAAUGUAAACAAUGUUUCGUAUGUAGCUUUCGUGUCCGAAUAUCUGAUAUGUCCUUGACCUUAUGCUAAUAUCAAUGAGAAAAGUGUUAAUUUUAAGUACAUAUUUUUAUUUUUUUAAUUUAAACAACUGCGGAAUACGAUUAAUUCAUAUCAAGAUACAAAUGAGGUGUCAUUUACGGGAUUUGAUAAUAUUUAAAAAAUAAGUCAUGUAUGAACUCAUUGAUGCGAGCAACACUCCCUUUGGGCGGCAAUUCGACACAGAAAAGUAAGUAAAAAUGCAGUAAAUACUUUUUGACUUAUACUAUCACAAUUAUCCUUACAUCAGGUGGUAAAUCGUAAUAUUAUAGACUAUUGCGCUUCAUUUUCAAGAACU